AUGCUCAGACGCUGCAAGCUUAAUAGUAAGGUCAGUUGGGCACCGUCUGUUUCCUACCUCCCAUGCUUUCUUUCUUUUCUUUCUUUCUUUCCUUCCUUUUUCUUUCCUUCCUUAUUUCCGUUCUUUCUUUCUUUCUUUCCUUCCUUCCUUCCUUCCCUCACUCCUUUCUUGCUUCCUUCAUUCCUCUUUUGCCUUUCCUGUCCUUUCUUUUCCUCGCCUUCCUUCCUCCCUACCUUCCUUCCUAUCUGUUCAUAUCCAUCUGAAUCUGUUUAUAUCUAUCUAUCUAUCUAUCUAUCUAUCUAUCUAUCAUUUUUUUCCAAUUGUCAUUUGAUACCUAUCUAUCUAUCUAUCUAUCUAUCUAUCUAUCUAUGUAUCUAUCUUUUUGUACUUUUUAACAAUGUUAGGAGCGAUGACGGCAGACAGGCUGGCACCAUUGACCGAUUUCACUUGUGCAAUGAAAACUCUCAACCGGAAAUUAUUUUCCACAAAGGUUCAUUGAUUGCUCCAAAUGUCCGACGAACGACAAUUUACUAUUGA